AUGACAUUUGCAUCCUCCAUUGUACCUCGAUCAAGAAAAAUCACUGUAUUCCUAUGCAUGACUGCAUGCCUGAUGGGAUUUCUGAUGGUGUCAAUAUACAGAACAUACCAACAUCGAUAUUAUGAUUCAUCGUCGUCUGUAUCGAAUCUCGACUCUAGCUUAGCAGCAGCCAUUCAAGACGAGAAACCACACACCAGCAGCACAAAAAGAACGUCCUUUCCCUACACGAUUGUCACUGGAUCCAGCGCCAACCACCUAUGUUCAUUAGAAAACUUUCUCUACUCGCUACAUGAAUUGCGUCCAGAUAUUGAUGUCGAUCAAUUCCCCAGAAUUGCUGUCUAUAAUAUCGGAAUGAACAGAACGCAAUUGCCCAUUCUCAAUCAAUUGCAAGAACAUGGCUUGAUCGAUGACUUGAUUACAUUUGAUCAUGAGCGCUAUCCUCGCUUCUGGGAUGUGGCUAUUGAUGCUGGCCAAUAUGGCUGGAAAACCGGUAUUGUCAAUGAUGCCCGAGUCAGAUAUGGUGGCGUGCUAGUAUGGCUGGAUGCCGGUAACCAAGUGACAAGAGACUUCAUUUUAAAUAUAGCAGAUACGGUGAAAAACGACUACCAUGGAUUCUGGUCUCCUAAAAGCGCCUAUGGUAUGGGCAAAUGGACUCAUCGUGGCAUGUUCAAAUUCUUUGGUGCGGAUAUCAAGGAAUACCGUUACAAGUCAAACUGCAAUGGUGCUGCUGUUGGGUUCGAUGCUGAUAACAGUACUAUCGUCAAUACACUCAUCAUUCCUUGGUUUGAAUGUGGACUUCAAAAGAAUUGCAUUGCUCCUCCUGGUUCCAGCAGAGAAAAUCAUCGACAAGAUCAAGCUGUCUUGACCUAUCUUGCUUAUUUCAAUGGCCACGAAUGCAAAGUGCCUCCAAGAGACUUUUACAAACUGCAAACACAUAGAGAUAUCGCUUGUAGGUCAAGUCUGAUGCAACUAGACCUGCAAAACAAAUUACAUCAUCCCUCGGCAAUAGAUACACCAAAGUGGGAACGUGUGGACACAAAUGCACUCUAUAAUCAUCCUGAAUGGAAGUACCCCGAAGACGAUGUGCCUGUAAAUAUAAGACAACCUACCACUCUAUUAUAG